UUCUCUCUUCUCCAAUCCCUUCAAUGAAUGAAGGAUGAGAUAUGGUGGGUCCAGAGGGAUUUCCAUCCCUCCAAGUCUCUUCUCCAUCCUCUCACAUAUGCUACAAAACAAAUGGAUUAGUAGUCUCUAUUCUCUUCUCUCCCUCCCUCACUAAAUCCCCCCUACCAAACACAACGUAAAAUCAAAUCCUUUCUCUCGUUCCCUCUCCGCUCUCCUCCUCUCCACAUUUGGACUGAGCUUCCUCCUCAUCGACGGUGAACGGUUGACUAACUGCACGUUGACUUGUUGCCCCACCUGCACGUCUAAUCAAAUCAUCUUCUUUGUCAUUAGCCACACCCACAUAUGAGUUUACAGAUAAUGGAACAUAUUUUCAGUUCUCAGAAUCAUGAUAUUCAAAAUUACAGUUUUCAAUCACGAAUCAAUUAGACGCUCGGCUGGCUUCCGAAGUCUGUGGAGUGAAGUAUUCAUAAAGAUUCAUUGGUGUGUUGAACUUUGAACGUGGCUCACUGAGAAUUGAGCGAUGAGGAUUCAUAGGCAGGGCAUGGGUUUGAGGUUGGAUCUGUUAGUGCUUAUGUUCAUCAUUUCAGUCUCCUUUCUUUGUGGGACUGUACUCUCCGAUCUCGUUCUGUCCAAGGUUGACCGACGCGUUGAUUUGAGAUCGCAAAUUGUUCGUGUAAUUUCCACACUCAAGGUGGAGAAUGGAGGAACCAAUUUGGUUUCGGAGGUUCUGUUGGCUUUCCGUAAUAAACAGGCUAAACAUUUGGCUUAUUUGGGUGCCAACCCUACUGGUGGGAAGGGAAAAGCAAAAGAUUUCACUAAUAGUUUACCUGUCCAAGUUGCCCACCCUAAAGACAUGCCUUCUUCCUUGACAUUUUAUUCGGUGACUCUACAAAAGGGACUGGCUAAAGGGGAAAGCUUUACUCUUGAUGUAUUGGCUGUCUACUCUCAUGCCUUGCAGCCAUUUCCUGAGAAAAUUUCUCAGGCUGAAUUACAGCUCCUAGUCUUUCAAGAUAGCUCUUAUUUUCUCUCUCCUUAUGCUAUCAAAGUUCAAUCACUCAGUAUUAAAUUACCUGAUGCUAGGAUUGAAUCGUAUACAAAAUUAGAUAAUACCAAGAUUCAUGGCUCAGAGAUCAAGUAUGGCCCCUAUGAGAAUCUUCCUCCCUUCUCGUACUCGCCUAUUGUUGUUCAUUAUGAGAACAAGCAACCCUUUGCUGUUGCUCAUGAGUUGGUGCGAGAGCUAGAGAUUUCACACUGGGGUAAUGUUCAGGUGACUGAGCAUUACAAUCUUCACCAUGGAGGUGCCCAACUCAAGGGGGAAUUUUCCAGGCUUGAUUACCAAUCUAGACCUCAUGUGAGAGGUGCAUCUGCAUUUAGGCAUCUUGUUGCAAAAUUGCCUCCAAGAGCUCGCUCUGCUUAUUAUAGAGAUGAGAUUGGCAACAUUUCAACUUCUCAUUUAUGGGGUGAUUCCAAAAAGACGGAACUAGAAAUUGAGCCUAGGUAUCCAUUGUUUGGUGGUUGGAAAACUGCUUUUACCAUCGGAUAUGGCUUGCCGCUUCAUGACUUCUUAUUUGAGUCACAGGGAAAACGUUUUCUUAACUUCACUUUCGGUUCUCCUAUUAGCGAUCUUGUCGUUGAUACUCUCAUUGUGAAGGUUGUUUUACCUGAGGGCGCUGGGGAUAUCUCUGUGUCUACACCGUUUCCUGUUAAACAAUCAAAUGAGACAAAAAUCUCCCACUUGGAUGUUGCUGGUAGACCUGUGGUUGUACUGGAAAAAACUAAUGUUGUGCCUGAGCAUAAUCAGUAUUUCCAGGUCUAUUACAAGUUCAACAGCCUCGCCAUGUUUAGGGAACCAUUUAUGUUGAUUUCUGGUUUUCUCAUCCUAUUUCUUACUGGUAUUGUGUAUAUGCAUGCAGACAUGUCAAUCUCGAAGUCAUCUCCUUCUUAUCUUGCCAAACUUCAGUGGGAUGAGGUGCGAGCUGCAGUUCAGCAGGUCCAAAAUAUUAUCAGUCGUUGCAUAACACUACAUGAUAAACUGGAAGCAUCAUUACACGAUCUUUCGAGGACAGGGGAUGUUCAAGCCUGCAAAGCAGCCCGAAAAGCUGUUGAUGGUUCGUUGAAAGAGCUUACGAAAGAGCUGAAGCCAUUGUUGGCACCCCUGCAAUCGUCACAGCAAGCUGCUCAGAUAUUGCCCAAGGUGGAGGACCUGAUUGUCAAGGAGAAAGAUCUACAAGAGAGAUUGUUGGCAAAGCACUCAACAGUUGUGGACUGCUAUGAGAAAAAGUAUGGAGGAAAGGAAAUCGAGAACCGUGUUGCUCUACAUCAGCAGAAAAUCAGUGUCUUGAGGCAGGAGGUUGAUGAUCUUCUGGACUUUAUCGACGAGAUAUAAGAAUUCGACAUAGAGAGAACUCUCCCUUGUAAUCGAAGGAAAAGUGCAAGAAUGAUUACAUGUUAACUUGUGAAUCCUCAAAUAUAUCAGAUAGGUUGUCGAAGAGUAAAAACUAAUUCCAAUUGGUUCUUUCUGUGCUCUUUAGGAUUUUAGAAAGAGAAGAAUACUACUCUGCUGUAGGAUCCUUCGUACCAUUUUGAAGAAAACAAUCUAUAAUCUAAUUAUUAUAUUUCGAUGAA